AUGCAAAUAAAAUAUUAUAUAAUACUACUAAUUCAAUUCUUUAUAUCAUCUAUAAUAGCAUUUGAUUCAUCAAUUAAACAACAACAACAUCAUCCUCAUAUUUUACCAAAAGUAAAAUUUAAUGCAUUUGAUUCACCAGAUUUUUGUUCACAAAUUAUAACAUCAACUUGUAAUACUACAUUUUCAUAUAUUGAUAACUUAAAUAAAGAAAUAAGACCAUAUUUAGCAGAUUUAAUUAAGACAUCAUAUUUUAAAUAUUUUAAAGUUAAUUUAGAUAAACAAUGUAAAUUUUGGAAUGCUCAACAUUUUUGCGCAACUGAAAAUUGUGCAGUUGAAAUAUUAGAUGAUUUUGAAUGGGAAAAAAUUACAAAUGAAAAUUUAAAACCUUCAAAAUUAGGUAAAAUCAUUACUUCUUCUAAAAUAGAUAAUUCAAUUGAAACUGAAAUUCCUGAAACUUGUGAAGAUUUAGAUUAUUCUCAUAUUGAUGAUGAUCAUAAUUGUGUUUAUGUUAAUUUAUUAAAUAAUCCAGAAAGAUUUACUGGAUAUGGAGGUAAUCAAAGUUUUGAUGUUUGGAAAGCUAUAUAUUCUGAAAAUUGUUUUCCCAAUACAAAUCCAAUGUCAAUGAAACCUAAUGAAGAAAAAGAAAAAUGUAUUGAAAAAAAUUUAUUUUAUAGAUUAGUAAGUGGUAUGCAUGCUUCUAUUGCAGUUCAUUUAUCAAAUGAAUAUUUAAAUAGUGAAACUGGAGAAUUUUAUCCCAAUUUAAAUGUAUUUAUGCAAAGAGUUGGAUUAUUUAAUGAUAGAUUAUCAAAUAUUUAUUUUAAUUAUGCUUUGGUCUCACAAUCAUUAGUUAAAUUAAAUGAAGUUUUACCAAUAAAAGAAUUUUUACAAUCUGGUUAUGAUGAUAUUACACCAGCUCAAAAACAACAUUUAUUAGAAAAUAAUGAUAUUGAAAAUGUUGAUAUUUAUGAUGAAUUAUUAUUAGAAGAUAUUAUACCUGCAUUAGGUUCAAAUCCUUUAUUUAAUACAAGUACAUUAUUUGAACAAAAUCCAAGUUUGAAAAAUGAUUUUAGAGCAAGAUUUAAAAAUAUUUCAGCAAUAAUGGAUUGUGUUGGUUGUGAUAGAUGUAGAAUGUGGGGGAAAAUACAAACAAUUGGAUAUGGAACAGCUUUGAAAAUUUUAUUUGAAGAUGAUUAUGAAAUUUUAAAAUUUAGAAGAAUUGAAAUUGUUGCACUAGUCAAUACAUUAGAUAGAUUAUCAAAAUCAAUUGAAGCUAUAAAUAAUUUUAAAAAAAUGUAUAUGGAUCAUUUAAAAGAUGUUGAAGAAGGUAAAGUUCAACCAGGAGACUUUGAUAAUAAUAAUCAAUUAAAAGGUCAAGGAUUCCAUUUCCCAUUUGUAAAUUCAUUAUCAUCAACCACCAAAAAAUUGGUAGAUUCACAAUCAUCAUCAUCACAAAUUGGAUCGAAAUCUUCAUCAUAUCAACAAAAGAGUAUAAGUCAAAAUAAACCAUCAAUUCAAGAAUUAUAUAAAAUCCAUCCAAAAGAUCGUACAAUUAAACAAGAAUUCCAAUUAGCAUUUGAUGAAGUUUGGCAAGCUUUAAAAUUUGUUUUAGGUAGUUAUAAACAAUUUCCUAUAAUAAUAGGUAAAGUUACUAUAGCACAAUUAAAUGAAUGGUGGAAUGAAUUAAUUGGUAAACCUCAUGUUUAUGAAUAUCAAAGUUCUAUAGAUGUUGAAGCUGAAGAAUAUAGUAGACUUAUUAAUAAUUAG